AUGACUAUUUCUGGAAAGUGGAUGAAUAGUUCAGAUGAAGUCAUCAGGAUAUUUAUUGUGAGACACGGCCAGACGCAGUGGAAUAUAGAGAGAAAGCUUCAAGGCCAUAAGAAUAUCCCCCUCAAUGAGACGGGUAAAAAACAAGCCGCUCUACUUGGUCGGGAACUUGAAGAUUAUCAAUUUGAUUUUGUUAUUAGUUCUGAUUUGACAAGAUGUUUGCAGACCUUGCGCCAGAUACUGGGUGAUAAGAUGGAUGACGAAAAGUUAAACUUCAAGAAGACUGAAAAUCUAAGGGAAAGAUUUAUGGGUGAUGUGGAAGGAAUGUACAUUAAGGAUGCUCGAGAAAAAUAUGGAUCGAAGUUUAAGGACAGAGGAGAGACGAAAGGUAAUAUGAUCGGCCGCUUAAAUAAAGAAUGGGAGCAGAUACUUGAGGAUUCGGUCAAGAACGGUUAUAAAAAUGUUCUAUUGUGUGCGCAUGGAGGUGUGAUUACCAAUUUUUUCAACUACUUGUACCAGGAGGAGCAUUAUAAGUUGGGAGAAGGAUUAGGAUCUGAUGAUUUGAAGGUUCCCUAUAACACCAGUUUGACUAUUGUCGAUUUGAAGAGGGACGAUCUGAAAGAUGGAACUAUCCGGAUUUGGGCCAACACCGAUCAUCUUGGUGGAGUGAAAAAUGUUGCGGAUCAACAAUUAGUAUGA